AUGUUUGGAACCACCAGGACUCUUACUAGAGCUGGCCUGAAAGCUGAGCCAUCGGGGGAGAAGGUCCUUAGUCAGGGAGGUAUUGAAGUGGCUACGGUCUAUUCUCCGCUCUUCCGCGCUCCUCUAUACCUCCUUUUUAUUAUAACCAUCAUGCUGAUAGUGUUUGGCAACCUGUGGGUCAUCUGCACCAUCUCCUUUUUCCAACAGCUCCACACACCCACCAACUACCUGAUCCUCUCAAUGGCCAUAUCGGAUCUGCUGCUAGGCAGUUUUGUGAUGCCUCCGAGUAUGUUGCGCUCUUUGGAAACGUGCUGGUACUUUGGAGACUUUUUAUACCGAUAUUAUGCAGUGUGCCAACCGUUUCACUAUCAGAGCAGAAUGACCACACGUGUGAGCAUAUUCAUGAUCCUGAUCAGCUGGAGUUUCUCUGCCUUUUUCGGCUUCGGGAUUAUAUUCUCAGAGCUGAAGAUCGAAAAAAAAAGAACCGAGGAGUUGCAUGUCGCUUGUAAAGGAGGAUGUUUAGCAUUGCAUGGCCGAGAAAUCGGAGUGACAUAUUCGCUUGUGUUUUAUUUCCUCCCCAUGUUUAUAAUCGUCAGCCUGUACAGCAGGAUUUUUGUUAUAGCACUAAAACAUGUCCGUGUUAUUAACAACAACGCCGCAAACUCACUGUCAGCUACGAAAAUGGAUUUGAAAGCCACUAAAACACUUGCUAUUAUCGUUGGAGUUUUCAUGUCUUGUUGGACGCCUUAUUUCAUGUGUAACAUCAUCGAUCCUAUUGUCAACCAUACAAUACCAGCACUGCUGUAUGAGAUACUGAUGUGGGUGGCUUAUCUGAACGCAGUGUUCAACCCCUUGGUUUAUGCCUUUUUUUACAGCUGGUUCAGAGAUAAAUCCAAACUCUUGUUUGAGAAAUUGUAUAAACUGUACUAA